AUGAGUUGGUGGAUGAUUAUAUCCUUAUAUAUAGUUGAUUCUACUAAGAAUUAUAUCAUUUUCAUAUGGUGGAACGAUCUCUAUAACCCAGUCGAUUAUAAAAAGGAAAAAAAACAAAACAUAUAUCAUUUUGAGUGGAAAAAUGAUAAUGUACUUAUUUUUUUUGUGAUUUAUAUCGAGCGUGGCAACAUAACUGGAUGGAGCAGUACUAAAACCAUACUAAUAAGUGGUAACACAUCAAAUAUAUGUGUGAUGAUAUAUCUUCAAGUGUACCGGUAUUAUAUUAUUAUUGAACAAAACCUAUAAUAUAUUUAUAUAUUAUUUAUGUGUGUUUGUUUUGAGAACGAAAACGAAAUUAUAUAUAAUAUUGAUUGGAAUGUUCCGGAAAAUAUCACAACAAAUACUGCGACAUAUGUGUCACCAAAUCUAUAUACUGGUAUAGAUCUAAUUAAUGAUUCGAUAAGUGGAAAACCUAUUAAUAUAUAUGAUGAGUUGUUAAAACGAAAAGAAAAUGAAUUAUAUGGAACAAAACAUACGAAACAUACAUCAACAAAUCGUUUUGCAAAACCAAUAAGUGGUGAUCCGAUACUUAACCAAUUGGAUUUAUAUGAUAAAUGGUUAGAGAGAAAUAAAGAUAUAUACAACCAAUGGAAUAAUAAAGAAGAAAUCUUAAGUAAAUUGAAUGAAAAAUGGAAUAUUGAACAUGAUAAUAUAUCCAUUGAUGAAGUCAACCCUUUUAAUAAUACACACAAAUUGUUAAAUACCAACGUUUCUAUAGAAAUAAGUAGUGAUAUGACCCCUAGAUCUAAUAUGGAUAUGAGUGGUACUAAUAGAUAUACUUAUUUGGAUGAUAUGGAUUCGUUCGAAAAUAGUAGUGAUGAAAAUUUAUGGUGA